AUGUCAGGUACAUCACUGUCUCCAUUAUCAUAUGCUCCCACAGCAACUACUUCGUAUACCACCAGUAAGAAUCAUGAACAGUAUCAUGAAGAAAUCACCAAAUCAUCAUUAUUAAAAACAUCAACUCAUAAGAAUAUCUAUGAAUCAUUAGCAGAAAUAUAUCUGAUAAUACCUACGUUGGAACUAUUAGAAAAUUCAUUUUUAAAGGAUUUCAUCACUGAUAGAGAAGUGUUUACCAAUAUAAGUUAUCGAUUAAUCAAUCAAUUCCAAAUAAUUGUCAAAUCUUUCAAAGAUAAUGAUGAGAAAUUAUCAUUAUUACAAGAAAUACUUAAAAGUAAUCUUACACCAGAUACUUUACAUUCUGAUUUAAGUAAUUUUCUUAAAUUGUUUGCUAUAAAAUUCAACUUGACAAGUAAUUCAAAGGCCAUAAAUAGAUUAACUGUAGGUGUACCGGCAACCAUUGAACAUUUAAGUACACAAGUUGAAAGUUCAAGUCAUCAUAUCCCACCUCCAGUCAUAGUUGCUAGUUCAAGUGGAGAUGGAUCAAUAAAUACUACUAAUGCAACUAGUAAUAGUACAUCUAGUGCUCGAUUAAUUGCUGAAAUAACAGGGAAUUUCAUUACUUGUAUGGAUGCCGUUAAAUUAAAUUAUCGAACUAAAGAUCAAUUACAUCCUUUAUUAAGUGAUUUAGUUGUAAAUUUAAAUGAUUUAAUUGAAAAUAGUAAUCAUAAAGUAUUGGAAUUUGAUGGGAAAUCAAAAUUAAUUAAUUGGUUAAUCAAAGUGAAUAAUUUAGGUGAUGUUGAUGAAUUAAAUCAAUCUGAUCUGGAAUUAUUUUUAAAUGAUUUAGAUGCUGCUUAUAAAGGGUUCUACUCAAGUUUAGAAUAA